UUUAAUCAAUCAUAAGCUAUUGUUGUAAAAUCUUUGUCAAACCAUGACAAUUACUUGAGUCGUUAGUCUUAUCCAUGAUUAUCAAUUUAUCAUGGCUAAUUGGCUAACAACCCUUGUGCUACUAACCAAACGCUACAACUCCCCCAAUAAAACAACGAAAACGAUUGAAAACGCUCCUCAUUUUAAAACCCCUUGAACAACAACACUCCCAGAUAAAUAGAGGGAGAAAGAGAACAAACAUUUCCUUCGAUCUUCAACAUUUCUAGGGUUAGGGUUUUCGAAAUUCAGCCGCACCACAACCAAAUUCAACGAUGUCUUCCGACAACAACACCACCGCUUCUUCUCAGCAGCAGAAGCCGGGAAAUGCGCCGACGAAGCCGCCAUUGAGAAAGCCUACUUUCAUCAAGGUCGACCAAUUGAAGCCUGGUACUAGCGGCCAUACUUUGACCGUCAAGGUUCUAAGCUCUAACACCGUUUUGAAGAGAGGAAGGGUUGUUUCUCAGAAUCUUCGCAAUACUCGAAUUGCUGAAUGUCUUAUUGGUGAUGAAACUGGUACCAUCAUCUUCACCGCUCGCAAUGAUCAAGUUGACACCAUGAAGCCUGGUACCACUAUUAUUGUCCGAAAUGCAAAGAUUGAGAUGUUUAAGGGAACUAUGAGGCUUGUAGUUGACAAGUGGGGCCGAAUUGAAGUUACUGAACCUGCUGAUUUCAUCGUGAAAGAGGACAACAAUCUCUCCUUGAUUGAGUAUGAGCUUGUCAAUGUUACUGAUGGGGGACAGAGCGGACAGUAAUCUUAGAGCUGGUAAAUAUUUUCAAGUGUGAAGAAAGUUUUGGGGUUAGUCUAACUUAUCCGGUUAUUAUGUGCUUCAGCAAUUGGUGAAGGGCUUUCUUAAUUAAAAUGAUUAGUAGGAAUAUUGGUUAUUGGUAUAGAUAUAUGCUAAAGCCACAAUGGGGUAUAACUUUCGUAAUGUGGUAUCUAGAUUAUGAUGUUCUGUUAAUGCUUUGGCUUGUUGAUGGAGAUGGGAUUGUAAAAAAAAAAAAUAUUGGUGUUAAUGAUGAUGAUAUAUGCAGUAUAUGCUUAUUAAUAUCCCCGUUAUUGACUUUAAA